AUGACUAAAGGAGAACUUAAAGUCACAAUUGUUUCAGCCAAAGGUUUAACAAACAAAGAUGCUGAAGGUGAUCCAUAUGUUAAACUUUGGAUUCAAAAAGAACAUCCUCAAAGAACUAAAACUCAAGUUGGUACUUUAGAACCAGUAUGGAACGAAACUUUUACAUUUAAAUUAAAUGAUCGUGAUAAAGUACUUCAUCUUAAGGUUUUCGAUUCUGAUGGUCCAGAUCCAAAAAAAGACGAUGAGCUUGGUGAAACAAAAAUAAAUCUUGAUGAAGUUUUUCAAAAAGGAAAAAUUGACAAAACUGUUAAAUUACCAACUUGGCUUGGUCUUUUUAGUGAAGGUGAAGUUACUACAAAAUUGGAAUUUAUAAAAGCUUAA